AUGUCUAGAGCUCAGGCAGAAAACGUCAUGAAGAACAUCAUUGGUGAAGUCGUGCAGCAGUGUGCGCUCAGAGGACACGUGGUGUCGGACACUUUGGUGGCUUUCAUGGUGAAAGCUGUAGUGCUGGACCCAAGAAAUGGGUUUAAUGUUGAUCGGACACUGACCAAGCAAGACAUCCAAAAACUGGAAGAGCUCUGUCUGGAUAAACUGAUGGAAAAGUGCAGCCCGUCCCUUGACACAAUCAAAAUGCAAGUCUAUUUUGAGAUGAAUUACACCUCCCGAAGUGAGUUUCUUGAGGAACUCCACCGGGUGGCAGAGGUCAAGCUGAGCCCAGUCAGCAGAGAGAUCACUGACAGCAGGGUGAAAACACGGGAGGAGUUAGACACUUUGUACCGCAAAAUCAUCUCAUACAUCCUGCUGCGCUCCGCCAUGGGCUCGUCAACAGACGUCAACACUGUGCAAGAGGCUACAGCUGCCCUGCAGAGUGUCUUCCCUCAGACUGAGUUAGGAGCCUUCAUGGUGCUCUUAAAGAGGGACAAGCUGCAGCAGCUCAAUGAGCUCACCAUGCUUGUCACAGGGAUCCGACUCUUCAACAAAGCCAGCCAGAAGGGUGAAGAGGAGACUGACCUCCAUGAACUAAUUCCUGCAAUUCUUCAUGAAACUCUUCCAGUCACUAGUAAAAGCAUAGAAAAGGAGCUGAGUGUGUCACAGAGUUUGGCUUGGAAAUACUCAGCUGUGCUGGAGAAGCUGACGGACCCUGAUGGUCAGCCUGGAGAAUGUGACGUGCCCAUUGUCCUGCUCAAACAGGCUCUCUACAACGUCAGGCAGCAUGAAGUUUUCCUCAAAAUGUUACUGGCUGAUGCAUGUUUAUGUGCCAAGAACGUUGAAAUCCUGCAGACUGAACUCUUGUCACACAUUAAGCUCCUGAAAGAAACUGUGAAGUCAAAGACAGCUGUACCAACUGCAAAAGUUUUUCCAUUGUUCAAGGCCCUGUCUAAACUGUGGUGCGGACUUCAGGAUGAGGCUGAGCUGCUGAACAUCCUCAAUGACAUCAUGCUCAAUCUACAGCCCUUCGUCGCCUCUCAGGCCAAAAUUUUCUCUGCAGCGUAUUUGGAUGGCCUGCUGGAGAUGUCAGAGGUGAAGACAGAUGAACAGAGAAUGAUUGAGUCCUCAGAUGACCGUAUUGUUCCAGCUGAGAUGAAGACACAGGAAUGGCUCCUGCCUGAAACAACAGCCAGUUUUAAUGAGCUGCCUUUACAGUAUAAUGGAGUCUGUGGCUAUAUGCUUGUGAACAGAGAUGGGCUUCUACUUCCAGGUAAUCCACACAUCGGAGUCCUUAAGCACAAGGAGAAGCUCUAUGCUUUCAGCUCCAAAGAAGCUGCCUUGAAAUUUGCCUCCAGUUCAGACAACUUCAUUGCAGAGGUGGCAGAGAAAGCGAAGCACUCUCCUGAACUCAUUCAGCUCCUCAAACUCUACCAACAGUUUUCCUGCGUCGGUUCGUACUCUGAGAUGCAACCCGGAGAGAGUCUGCUGGUAAAGCCCAUCACCAGGUGUGACAGUGGCACACAGACUGACAUCCAUCCAGUGGAGACAAAUAUUGUCAGGUCAUAUGAGUGGAAUGAGUGGGAGCUGCGAAGAAAAGCUAUCAAACUGGCUAAUCUUUGUACCAAAGUGACACACUCAGCACAGACUGAUCUGAGCCACAUGAGGCGGGAAAACAUCACUCAGACCUGGCUGCCCAAGAACACUGCCUGUCAAAGCAAGAGAGACAGCGAGAGCAACGUGCCAAAACCUCAGAUCUACCUGACAGGUCUGAGAGGACAAAGAGACACAUCCAUGGUCAAAACAAACCUCACCAGAAGUGUUGAUGACUAA